UGUGAGACCAUAUGCUGAUGCAGUUGGCCCUGGGUUCCUCCUAAUGCAAGACAAUGCUAGACCUCAUGUGGCUGGACUGUAUCAGCAGUUCCUGCAGGAGGAAGGCAUUGAUGCUAUGGACUGGCCCGCCCGUUCCCCAGACCUGAAUCCAAAUGAGCACAUCUGGGACAUCAUGUCUCGCUCCAUCCACCAACGCCACAUUGUACCACAGACUGUCCAGGAGUUGGCGGAUGCUUUAGUCCAGGUCUGGGAGGACAUCCCUCAGGAGACCAUCCGCCACCUCAUCAGGAGGAUGCCCAGGCAUUAUAGGGAGGUCAUACGGGCACGUGGAGGCCACACACACAGGCAUACGGGCACGUGCAAGCCCCAUUUUGACUUGUUUUAAGGACAUUACAUAAAGUUGGAUCAGCCUGUAUUGUGGUUUUCCACUUUGAUUUAGAGUGUGACUCCAUAUCCAGACCUUCAUGGGUUGAUAAAUUUGAUUUCCGUUGAUAAUUUUUGUGUGAUUUUGUUGUCAGCACAUUCAACUAUGUAAAGACGAAAGUAUUUCAUACGAUUAGUUCAUUCAUUCAGAUCUAGGAUGUGUUAUCUUAGUGUUCCCUUAAUUUUUUUGAGCAGUGUAUUUUGGUAAUUUUUAAUUUAUUUCCGCAAUUCAGCAAUCAAACAGAUAAUUUACUGACAUGUCCAUCCAAUAGCAGACCUUCCUCAGAGAUCCGGAUUGCUGCGGAGGCUGGAAUGGUGCUGAGAACCGGCCUAAAGCAGGGAACUGUGAAGAAGGUAUUGCGACCAGUAAUUGCAAUUGGAGUCCGCAGCAGUAUGCAAUUUUUUUUAACCCUUACUCUUCAAUUUUUCCUCUGUGUAUGCUUUUAAUGUACUAGGACACUAUACUGUAUCUAAGGUUCUCAUAUGUGACACACGCUUCCUCUGUCUGGCUCCAGGGGAGGGAGUAUCUUGCUGACGUCUCCGGACGGUUUGAGUUCAGAAUUCAGUUUCAGUUUUGUUUCCGAUGAAUGAGAACAGAAACCGGGUAAUGGAGAAAAGCCCUCAAGCUCUGGGAGAAACUCAGAAGGAUCCUGCAGCACAAGAUAAGGUUCAGAUACAUCCUAACAGGACUAUAAGCAGAGAUAACGAUGGAAAGAAGCGAGUCUCUGACCACAGCGGAUACAAAUUUACCAGAAAUAGUCCGUGUUCUCACCAUUUCAGAGAAGGACAUUUACUGUUACCUGCAAGAUAAUGGACAGCAGAAGGCUCUGAACAUCGCAAAAGCUGUAAAGAAAAAAUAUGCCAGAGAUGUAAAUCCAGACCUGUAUAGAAUGUUGAAAAAGAACUUGCUGGAGCAGAAUGGCAAAUUCUGGAAGAUUAAAGCAUUGGCAACCAGAGAUACUGAUGGACCGACAGGAGAUAAAAUAGCAGAAGAUUCUGGAGUGUCACUCAGUAACGGCGACAAUAAUGCCGAAGGAAAAGCUGAUACGGGAGGGACAGAUCCAGUUGAGAAGAUGAUCCUGUUAACAGAAAUGCAAAAACAGAUCUUUGCCUUCUUGAAGUUGAAUAAGCCAUCGAAAGCAACAAUGAUCGCCAAGGCAGUGGGGAAAACAUUUGCGAAGGACGUGAACCCAGAUCUCUACAAGAUGAAGCAGUUAAACUUCCUCAGCUACAAUGAGAGGCUGUGGAGUAUAAAUGAAGAUUGCAGUCAGAAAUUAAGUGAAUCUUCAAUCCCCAGUUCAGAAGACUCAGUCCUCAGCCAGUCCUACAUUGAAAUGGACGUCUGCAAUCUCUCUGACAAUAAAGAUAUCAGAAGAGAUAGUGGCAUCGAAGUGAUGAGUCCAUUGCCCAAUAAUACAAUAAGGGAUAAGUCGAAUCUGAUUGGACCCCACACAGGAAAGAGUCACCUGCAGUAUGAAGGAAAUAGUCCAUCUCCCAAUAAUACAAUAAAGGAUGAGUCAAAUCUGACCGGAGUUCCCACUGGAGACAGCCAUCUGCAAUAUGAAUCCCAGAUGUCGAAUUCACAACAGAAUGUAAUGAAGUACUACUAUAUCAACCUAUCUCAGUGUACUGGCAUCACCAUUGGGGAUACAGCAUUGCAGACUAAAGGGGAUGCAGAGACAGUCUAUACAGUUUUACCUCCAGAUACUUUCCUGCAUGGACCUGGUGGCAACUCACAACCACUGCCCAGUGAGAUGCCCGCACACCAGACAGGCCCGCCAUGGGAAGUCGCAGAUUGGGUUGUCAAUCAACCCAGUGAAAUAGGACCCUUUGGUGCUCCGCGUACCUCCUCUCCUGUGCCCUCCAGCAACAACAAGUAUACCUUAAAUAUCUCAGGGAUUUGUGAAGACCUAGGAAACGUGGCCCUGGAUGAGCAGGACAAGAAUUGCGAAGAUCAUGUGGUCAUCAGCUCAUCUGCAGAGAGCCUAUGGUGACCCCGCCAUACUUCACUGCCACAGACUGUAUAUAUUUCUGAUCUGCACAGCCAUUGAGGACUCCAUAACCUUAUGGACAAAUGCACAUCCGCCAGUCAGUGCCCCUGACCAGAUCCGUUACCUCCUGAUGGCAAUAUGUUUUUGCAAACUUUUACUUCUGAAAUGUGUCAGAUGUUUACAAUACAUUAACUGUUUUACACUAGUCAGCUCCAGCCUUAUACCCCACUAUCCUCCACAAGACAUAAGAUUUCACUACACCUAUGUGUUAUGUCUUGUACUUAAUUAUAAUAGAUAAUUAAUACGAUGCAACAACAUUGGUAUGUCUUUUUACUGGUCAAAGAAAAUGGACACUGAACAAGAAACCAGAGUUUUUAUUUUUUUUGUUUUUUUUUUUUACAUGUGACAACAAGGAUAAAAAUUACUGACAUUGCUAUACCAUUCCAGAAUUACAGAGCCAUCUAGUGGCAGUGGACAUACAUAACAGACAAUACAUAACACUAUUGGUAAAGGAUAUGAUGUGAGCAAAAGUAGUCAGGAUGAUCAUUUCCCAGCUCCUAGGUCAGCGCUAGA